CUACGAAAGAUCCCUGCCCGCCCCAAACACUUUACUGGAAAGGCACGCCCGUCUGACGGGCUUUAAAGACAGGCCUAGGGCACUCUUCGCGCGCGGCAUGCGUUGUACCUUCCUGCAACUUCCUCUUAAGCCCCAAGUCACAGAUUCCUAGUGCUCCCGCCGCGAGUACCACACUGCAUAGCCAGAUGGCUCGGUCCGCUAUUCUCUCCACGGCGCUGCUCUUCGGAGCCCAGGCCUAUGCUGCGUACGACGAGUGGUUCUUUACCAGUAACGCGACGGAAUGGCAGUGUCCACAGAUGGGAUUCGCCUGUCCACCGCCUCAAGUAUGCGCACACGACGCCCUCAUCGAUCAAUACUAUUGCUGCAGCGGUGGGUCUGCGGACGCCGUUUGCUGGGAUGGGGCGAGCGACUGUGGUGCUGGAGAUGGUGAGCCGUCAUCGAACCAGAUCGGAUGUUCGUCCGGAGUGAACGCCUUCUGCUGUCUUUCUAGCAGGGAAGAAUGCACACAACGAUUCAAUCAGAUCAACAUUUGCUGGGCGACCGCUGAAAACCCAAUUGCCAACGUCUCCGAAGACAGGCUAAAUGAGACAUUCUCGUCAUUAAGCUCCGCCCGUCCCUCCGCCAGCUCCCUCACCUUCGACAUAGCAGCCCUCACCGCGACAAGUACACCCGCCUCUUCAACAGCCUCUGCAACUUCAUCACCCGCUUCUUCUGGCGCAUCAGCGACCCCAUCGGAGACUAGCAGCCAAAGUCCAGCACCUACUGGUGGCUCUUCCGGGGUUUCUGGCGGUGCCAUCGGAGGCGCCGUCGUCGGGGGUGUUGUAGGACUGGCUCUUAUCGGCGCUGGUAUAUUUUUCCUGAUGAGGAGGAAGAGCAAGAAGGCGCACCAGAACGAGCUGGAUGGUGCGAACCCGUAUAUACACAAUGGAUAUGCCGGUGUUGCGCAGGCACCCCCGCAGGAGAAGUAUGCGCAUGAGGCUGCCAGCGAGGCGCCUUCAUCCUCAUACCCACCUGUGGAGAUGCCGGCGAACACCCAUCCGAUGGAGAUGGAGGGGAGUAAACCGGCCAACAACUCGCAGCUACACCAUGGAUGAUUGCAUAGAGAAGAAGACUGUGUUUGAGGAAGAGAUGGAUGGUUAUUCAUGACGACGCGCCGACAUUUGCGCUCUUCGUUUUUAAGCUUCUCGUGCAUAUUUGCGUU